AUUUUCCACGUCAUUUAAUUUUGUGCAUUUCGCGCUCCUGCCUCACUUUUUACUCGCAGAACAGCCAUUUAAAUUAUGAACGGGGAAAGCUGAAGGCGGCGAGGGAGCGCAUGAUUAGAUAUAAGAGAAGUGUUUGGGCACCGAUUCAUACUGCUGCUACUCGCCAUUCGCAACAUGCUCGCAGAUUCGACAUUUCAACCACCUUCUCGCCCUCCUCGACUUUCGAUUCCUACGCGUAUUCAAAUUUCCUUCGGAAUUGCGUUGUUAAUGAGAAUCUCACCGCCGGAAAGGCGUUGCAUUGUGAUAUUAUCAAGAGAGGAGGCAUCCGUUGUCUCGAUUUAUUCGCAUCCAAUAUUCUACUCAAUCUGUAUGUUAAAACUCAUGCACUGGGUGAUGCUCGUCUCCUGUUUGAUAAAAUGCCUCACACAAAUGUCGUCUCGUAUGUUACUCUCAUUCAGGGGUAUUCUCAAGAGCUUUUCUAUUCAGACGCUAUUGAAUUGUAUGUUAGAUUGCAUUGCGAGGGACAUGAGCUUAAUGCCUUUGUGUUUACUACUAUUCUUAAGUUGAUUGUUAGUAUGGAACAAGACGAUGACGACGGGCCUUGUCUUUGUUGUAGCAGCAUUCACGCAUCCAUUUGUAAACUCGGUCAUGACUCUAAUGCGUUUGUUGCGACUGCGCUUCUUGAUGCAUACUCUCUGUGUGGCUUGGUUAAUGUUGCCACGGAAGUGUUUUAUGGAAUCGGGUGUAAGGAUAUGAUUUCGUGGAGUGGGAUUAUUGGAUGCUAUGCGGACAAUCAUCAUUUUCACGGAGCAUUUCAGCUUUUUUCUCAAAUGCAACUUGCUGGAUUUAAGCCAAAUAAUUUUGUGCUUUCCAGUGUGCUUAAAGCCUGUGCUGGUCUUUAUGCCAUUGACAUAGGGAGAAGUAUUCAUAGCUUUGCUUUGAAAACUCAUUAUGAGACUGAUCGAUACGUACGUAUUUCUCUUAUUCACUUGUACACCGUAUCGGAUCAUAUUGACGAUGCUCGACAAGUAUUUGAGGAAAUCCCCGAGAUGGAUGUGAUUCCUUGGAGUUUCUUGAUCGCAAGAUAUUCCCAGAGCAACAGGUGCAAAGAGGCUAUAGAUCUUUUUUUAAGGAUGAGGCAACAAUUAGUUGUCCCUAAUCAGUUCACUUUCUCAAGUAUUCUGCAAGCAUGUGCUGCAGUGAAGAAUUUUGACUUUGGAAAGCAAAUACAUUCACAUGUCUUAAAGGCUGGCCUUGAUAAAGAUAUAUUCGUCUCAAAUGCUGUUAUGGAUUUCUAUGCUAAGUGUGGAUGCAUUGAAAAUUCAUUAGAUAUUUUUUUGGAGUCAAAGAAUAGGAAUGAAGUGACAUGGAAUAUACUCAUUGUUGCUUAUGCACAAUCAGGAGAUGGAGAGGAGGCUUUAAAUCUAUUUCGUAAAAUGCUCCAUGACCAAGUACAGGUAACUGAGGUAACAUAUUCUAGUGUUCUUCAUGCUUGUGCGAGGUUGGCAGCCCUGGAAGCAGGUAUACAAUUACAUUCAUCAAUUAUAAAAAAUCCUUAUAGUGAAGAUGUGUCAGUUGGCAAUGCUUUGAUCGACAUGUAUGCCAAGUGUGGGAGCAUUAAGGGUGCUCGUUUGGCAUUUGACAGGAUGAAUAAGCGAGAUGUGGUGUCAUGGAAUUCCAUGGUGUCCGCAUAUUCGAUGCAUGGUCUGGGCAAAGAUGCCCUGACAAUCUUCGAGAGCAUGCAGAUUACAGACAUAAAACCAAACCAAUUGACUCUCGUUGGCGUUCUUUCAGCUUGUAGCAACACUGGAUCGUUAGAUCAUGGUCAACAUUAUUUUGAUACCAUGGUCAGAGAUUUCGGUAUUGAACCCUGCAUAGAGCACUACACUUGCAUGGUGUCACUCUUCGGAAAAUUAGGUCAUCUCGACAAGGCACUAAAGUUAAUUGAAGAUAUCCCAUUUACGCCUAGUGUCAUGGUCUGGCGUGCUUUGCUUGGGGCUUGUGUUGUCCAUAAUGAUCUUGACCUUGGAAGACUAUGUGCUGAACGUGUACUCGAAAUAGAACCUGAAGAUGAGGCCUCUUACGUGUUACUGUCAAAUAUAUAUGCUUCCUCUAGAAGGUGGGAUAAUGUUGCUCAUGUUAGGAAAAAGAUGAAGAGGAAGGGUGUAAAGAAAGAACCUGGAGUAAGUUGGAUUGAACACCAGGGUACGGUUCAUCAUUUUUGUGUAGGUGAUUCUUCACAUCCUGAUAUUAAAUUAAUCAAUGGGAUGCUGGAGUGGUUGAAUCAUAGGUGCAAGAAAGCAGGUUAUAUACCUGAUUGCAGUGUUGUAUUACUUAAUGUGGAUGAUGAUGAAAAAGCAGGGCUCUUAUGGGUACACAGUGAGAGACUAGCCCUUGCAUAUGGUCUUAUAAAAAUACCAUCUGGGAGUCCUAUCCGUAUCAUGAAAAACCUUCGAAUAUGUACAGACUGCCAUGCCUUGGUGAAGUUCAUAUCGAAGGUUGUGCAGAGGGAAAUUAUUAUUAGAGAUAUAAAUCGAUUUCAUCACUUUGAGGAUGGGUUCUGCUCUUGUGGUGAUUACUGGUGAUAUCCUCUUAUCUAGCUAGUCUACUGUGGUCCAUACUGAGUAUUUUGAUCUCGAGUCUGCUAAUUGCAAUACUGCUGGUGUGUGAUUACAUAUACAGAGAAGUGGGAGCGGGACUGUGGAAGUAGAAGAGAGGGCAGAAUGAUGCGAUAGUUGUAUCUUACACUACACUCAGUCCUAGAGAUAGACAUUAGAGUUAAGAAAACUCCCCCUGGCCUGAGUUUCCAAGAAUUGCUAGAAAAGCUUAAAGAUCUGCUGAGGCAGCAUGUUGCUCAAUCUCAAGCAGCCCGCUCAAAUGCAGGAGAUGGUUCCUAAAGAGAAAGAUGGGUGUAAUGUUAAUAGUCCUUGAUUGUUGGUGUGUUGACAUCUUUUUCAAAGGUGUGUACCUGCUGCACCCAAUUGCCUGCGGCAUCAGUAUUACAAAUUGAAUUGCAUGGCGAGAACAGAAUUUUUGUUUACUAUUGAGGUCUGAAGUCAUUGCUUAUCUGGGCAUCCUUUGAAUCAUUAAAUCAGAAGAAUUGAUAUUUCUUGAACCUUGAACAUCAGGGUUGUAUUAUUCAAUCAGCAAUAGCUUGUGUAUAUUGCUUUCAUUGGACGUUGCGCACUACUAGAACCAGAACCAUUUGAAAGAUCAUUGUAAAAUUGUAAAGUGGCCACUCAGAAUGAUACUUGUAUAGUGAUUAAUUCAUCUUUUGCAAUCUUUUUUAUCCAAAUGUCACCUCAACUUUGUACAAGCAAUAGUUACAACCUUUUUU